AACAUCGUAUUCAGGUGGUUAAUUUUUUGAACAAUCUUUUAUAAAACGUGUAUACGUAUUAUAUAUAUAUAUUGUAGUGAGAGAUAAACGACAUUCUGUGUAGAGAUUUUUCAUACGCUCGGUUGCUUCUGUAAUCAAUUUUUAUCUAAAAAGUCAAAUAAACUCAUCAAGUCGAUAGACAAACGGAAUGCAUUUCGUUUUGAUAAAUAAAUAGUGAAAAGUUCUUUCAAUGUAUAGCUAUCAUCUGUAAAUAAUCAUUACCUUAAAAUAUUAUUAAAGGAAAAUAAGUUAACAGAAUAUUUUGGAUAAAAAAUGGUGAAAUCAAAGUCACACGAGCGAACGCCCAAAGCAAAAAAUAAACACCUCAACCAUGCUUGUCAUAAAAAAGAAGCUGAAUCCACAAAGAUGAAUUUAAUGAAUUCAGUAUUGACAUUAAUUUGCAUGCUUGUUGCUGCGUGGUUUGGAUACAAAGGAUAUUUAGAAACACGAGUUAAUACACCAUUUGAUUCAGAAAAGCUUGUUUCGAUUAAUGGAUUAGAUACGGCAGAUCGUUACUGGGGGUCUUAUAGACCGGGUCUUUAUUUUGGAAUGAAAACUAGGGAUCCUCAGUCACUAGUGAGCGGAUUAAUGUGGUAUAGGCCUCAUAAUUUACGCCAAGGGGGUGAAAGUUUUAGGCAUUGGUGUGAGCAGGGAGAUAAAUUAGAUAAAUAUGGUUGGUUUGAACACGAUGGAAAAACCUUUGGUAUUCAACAAGUAUACGAUGGUGACUUGCUAAUUAAUAUUUCGUAUGUAAAGAAGCCUGGUGGUAGGCAUGGAGGUGAUUGGACUGCAAGAAUUGGAGUAUCUCCAAGAAAUUCCAAGAUCAAAGAUCUUGGAGAAAUAUCUUUUAUAUUUUACUCAGCACUUGAGGAUAAAUCUACUGGUAAUAUUAAAGCCUCACUUGGUGCUGAUAAUAGACUUUCAGGGAUGGAAGGUUAUACUGAUGGUUUGGGAGCAUACAGAUUCAGUAUGAAUCCAAUAAAGGGGACAGUUGAAGAGCACUCAUUUUUAAUAACUGUAACUCCUGGCCUAAAUCUUGUGAAAGAAACGAUACUACAAAAUUUAAGAUUAGCUUCUCAAAAAGGUUCGAAUAUUAAACGAAUAGUUUUAGGAGGCGAUCAAUUGCCUUUAGAUUCAGAAGGGAAAAAGACUGAUCCCAAUUUUUGUGCAACUCAAGUGACAGCUAAAAUACCAUUUGAAUUUGAAGUUCUUUUUGAAUCUGGCAGUGUUCCACUGCGUAAAGAAAAACUAACAGGAAAAAAUUUCGAUAUUGCUCUGAACGAACAGAGAAAACGAUUCAAUGAUAAGUUCGAAAGAAUAUUUAAAUUAAAAGAAAAAGGUUUUAAAGAAGACGCGAUAGAAUAUGCUAAAUUAGCAUUUUCCAAUUUAAUUGGAUCUAUCGGAUACUUUUAUGGAAGUGCACAGGUGCAGAGUGUUUAUACAAAAAGUCCAGUACCUUAUUGGAAAGCUCCGUUAUACACAGCAGUUCCGAGCCGCAGUUUUUUCCCGCGAGGUUUCCUGUGGGAUGAAGGAUUCCAUGGCCUUAUUAUAUCAACAUGGGACUUGGAUAUUGAAUUAGAUAUUAUUAGCCAUUGGUUUGAUCUCAUGAAUUCAGAAGGUUGGAUACCCAGAGAAAUGAUUUUGGGAUCAGAGGCUUUAGCUAAAGUACCUGAAGAGUUUGUUACUCAAUUAAGCAGCAAUGCAAAUCCGCCGACAUUUUUCUUAACUCUCGAAUAUAUAUUGAAUACUCGAGAAAGUGAAUUAUUAGAUAGACAUUAUAAACUACUUGAUAAGUUAUAUCCAAGAUUGCAAGCUUGGUUCGAAUGGUUUAAUACAACACAAGUGGGCGAUAUGCCAGGAACUUAUCGAUGGCGAGGUCGAGAUAGCUUGACAAAUCGAGAAUUGAAUCCAAAAACUCUGACAUCAGGUUUAGAUGAUUAUCCACGUGCUUCUCAUCCGAAUAUUGAUGAAAGACACGUAGAUCUUCGCUGUUGGAUUGCAUUUGCCGCAGGAGUGAUGGCACGUUUAGCUAAUGUAUUACAUCAUUCUAGUGAAAAAUACAGUGAGACUAGUCAUUAUUUAAAAGACAAUAAUUUAUUGAAUAAUUUACACUGGUCAUCAGCUAGUCAAUCAUACGCUGAUUACGGCUUACAUACUGAUAAGGUUGAACUCAAACGACCAACAGCACCUAUAAGAUCACCAACUGCUCCAGAUUUUAUAAGAGUGGUUUCAGAAGAUCCUGUUCUACGUUAUGUAGAUUCAUCGUUUGGCUACGUAUCAUUAUUUCCGUUUAUUCUUCAAAUCAUCGAUCCAGACUCUCCUCAUUUAGAUAAAGUUUUACAAGAUUUAACAAAGUCUGAAUUAUUAUGGACGAAAUUCGGUUUAAGAUCACUGGCCAAAACAUCUCCCCUAUAUUUAAAAUAUAAUACAGAGCAUGAUCCACCCUAUUGGCGUGGUCCAAUAUGGAUAAAUAUUAAUUACUUAACUUUAAGGGCUUUGAAUUAUUAUUCUAAUACUCCAGGACCAUAUGCAGUUAAAGCCAAAAAAAUAUAUAAAGAACUGAGAGAAAACAUUAUAAAAAAUAUGCUUACACAGUACAAUAAAACAGGAUUUACUUGGGAAAAUUACGGCGAUAGUAAUGGUGAAGGAAAAGGAAGUCAUCCGUUCAAUGGAUGGUCAUCAUUAGUUCUAAUGAUAAUGGCUGAACUUUAUUAAAUAUCUUUGAGGUGUAUUGAUGAAAGACAGACUGUUUUAUUGUUUUUUCUUGUGUAAAAAAUCAAGUAUAAUGUGCAAGGAAUGCGGACAAUCAACCAAUUUUUUUAUAAGUGGAACGAAUUAGAUAUCAUUUCACUUCAUCAUUUAAUAUUGUAUAAUGAAAUGCGCUUCAAUACAUAUUAAUUCGCUGCUUAUUGGCGUAUAUGACUAUAAUAUAGAAAUAGCACAAGUUAAUGACGAGGAAUGAGCCUCACUCAAAAUGAAAUGACAAAAACAUUUAUAAUUUCUUUUAUAACAAAAAAAGAAUAAUAUUUUAAAAAUGGAAAAUAAUUCAUUUUAACCGUGUGAGGCUGGCUCUCACUAAAACAAAAUUUAAGUUAUUUCAAUAUUCGCUUUAAAACAUUGUAAAAAAUUUAGGCAUAACAAUAUUCAUCAUUCAAUAGUGGUAAUUGUAAAUUCAAUUAAUGAUCAAUAAUUACUCUAGGGGUCAAAUAGUUAUGUUACUAUUAUUAAAUAAUGAGCUAAAAGUUUUAUAAUAAACUGCAUAAGACUGCAUCAUAGCAGAAAAAUAAAAAUAAUGAUCCAUAGAAUUACUUCCUAAAUUCACAAUAAUUAGUACUUACUGGUGAUAGCAAUGAUGAAACUCCAAAUAAAUUACUUUACACUUUUUUUUUAUUUUUAUCUAGUAUAUAUGCAUAUAUAUAUAUAUUAAUUAUUUAUUUACCACAGUUUAUUAAAGAUCGGUAUAGUAGUGCAAUAAUUAUUGGAUUUCUUAUUUUCAACAAAGAAUUCUUCAAACCAGGCUGUGAAAAGGAUACAUAAAACUGUAUGUUUCAUGGUAAUAAUAUUAAGAUCAUCAAAUCAUAAGGAAAUAAAAUGUUUUGAAUAAGCAUAAAAAUACAAAAAAAUACUUUAGAUAAACUUGAAUAUUUAUUAUGUAAGGAACUUUGAAAAUCAACCACUGAUAAUCAUAAUAAUGUAUGAAUAAUACUAAAUAAGAUUAAUUAUAAGGUAAUAAUUAAGAAAUUAUACUUUAAAAUUCGGUUUACAAUAAACGAAAGCAUUUACUAGUAUAGUUGCAAAAUUUGAUUGUUUUCGUCACUAGUGAAUUAAGCAAGUUAUAUUUGCGUUUCGUUAAUUGUGAUGAUAUAUCACUUAUGAAAUGAUGUAUUUGGAUAUAGAUUAAAUAUAUCCAAUUAAAUUUGCAUGUGUACAAAUAUAUUGUAUAGUUAAUUUAUUUAGCACAA